UUUCAGUGCUGCCUGAGGCGUGGAACUACAAGUCCCAGCCGGCUGCCUAGUCCUAUGCAAGGCCAACGGCUGGGCACUUAUCAAGGCACAAUCUUUUGGGCCCGGGCAAGGAACAGGCCUUUCCAGACCAUCCCCUUGCUCAGCCCCCAGAGACUGUACCUCUGCCCCGUCACAGCACUGUGGGUGACCCCCAACAGUGAAAAUACAUCAUUUGUCUCAUCAUGAAUAUCACAAUCAUUGUUAGCAUUACCAACCAUACCAUCAACAAUACUGACAUUAUCAAUGACAUUACUGACUCCACUAUCAAGGUUACUGACAUUACUGACAUUACCAUCAAUGUUGCUGACAAUAUUACCAUCAUCCCCAUCUUCUUUACA